GCGAGUGCGAGUGUGAGUGUGUGUGUGUGUGUGUGUGUGUGUGUGAGAGAGAGUCAGUGAGGAGGGGUUAUUAGGAUGAAGGGGCGGCCGAAUUGUCCAGGUUUUCCCCAAAUAGGAGGAGCAGCAGUGAGGAGGGGUAAGAGUGGUGGGAGCCAGUACAGCUCUGGAACUCUGGAACUCUGGAACACUGGAACUCUGGAACUCUGGAACACUGGAACAGUGAGGAACACGAACUGAAGAACAGAGGAACAGAGGAACAGUGAGGAACAUCUGCUACACUGAGUCUUCAUUCAGGUCCCGGCUGCUGUACCCGUGUGUAACCAUGGUGACCUGGAGGUCGUACCCGGUGCCCGUGGUGCUGUGUGUGUUGGUGAUGUGUGUGUCUGUGAGUGUGUGUGAGACGGUCCGGGUGAGGCUGGCGGGUGAGAAGCGUAAACACUACGAGGGCAGAGUGGAGAUGCUCUACAGCGGCGCCUGGGGGACGGUAUGUGACGAUGACUUCGACAUGAACGCCGCGCACGUGGUGUGUCGACAGCUCGGCUUCCUCGGCGCCGUGUCCUGGUCACCAUCGGCCAAGUUCGGCCGAGGAGAGGGUCCUAUAUGGUUGGAUAACGUACACUGUACGGGACGCGAGGCGUCGAUCUCAGAGUGCCGCUCUAACGGGGUCGGGGUUUCGGACUGUAAACACUCGGAGGACGUCGGGGUCGUGUGUACGCAGAAACGCAUUCCGGGGCACAAACACAUCCCCGCCGGGGGCAACGAGGUCGAGACCCUGGACGUUCGCGUGGAGGACAUCCGAAUCCGAGCCACCUACUCCCACCGUAAGCGUGUUCCCAUCACCGAGGGCUUUGUGGAAGUGAAGGAUGAUGGGAAGUGGAGGCAGAUCUGUAACGAGAACUGGAAUCAGAUGAACAGCCGGGUGGUUUGUGGAAUGUACGGCUUUCCCGGCGUCAAGAGCUUCAACGUUAAAGCCUACAGGUUGCUCUCUCAGCGCAGGAAGAAGAAUUAUUUCGGGUUCUUGGUGAACUGCACGGGAAACGAGGCCAAUCUGACCGACUGCAGGCUGGGCAAAGCUCUGAAGAUAGAGAAGAACCAGAACGGCACGUGUACCCGCGGGAUGCCCGCUGUCAUCAGCUGUGUUCCGGGGAGGGCGUUCGCUCCUACACAGAACUCUGGGUUCAGGAAGGCCUACAGACCAGAGCAACCCCUGGUGCGACUGCGGGGCGGGGGUAACCUGGGCGAGGGCCGGGUGGAGGUGUUGAAGAACGGCGUUUGGGGAACCGUGUGUGAUGAUAACUGGGAUCUGAAAGCUGCCGGCGUGGUGUGUCGAGAGCUCGGGUUUGGUUCUGCUAAAGAGGCGCUGACCGGAGCACGCAUGGGUCAAGGUAUGGGAUCGGUACACAUGAACGAGGUGGAGUGUUCAGGGUUCGAGAAGUCUCUGACCGAGUGUUACUUUAAUAAAGAAGCUCUGGGCUGCAGUCAUGAGGAGGACGCCGCCGUCAGGUGUCACGUUCCAGCCAUGGGCUUCCACAACCAGAUGCGUCUGACCGGAGGCAGGAACCCGUACGAGGGUCGGGUGGAGGUGCUGGUUCAGAGGAACGGCUCGGCGGUCUGGGGGACGGUGUGCAGCGAGAGCUGGGGAAUGAUGGAGGCCAUGGUGGUGUGCAAACAGCUCGGACUCGGCUUCGCUAACCACGCCUUCCAGGAGACCUGGUACUGGCAGGGUGACGUCAGUGCUGAUUCGGUGGUGAUGAGCGGGCUCCGGUGUGCCGGUACUGAGCUGAGCCUCUCCCAGUGUCUUCAUCAUGGAAAACACAUCAGCUGCUCCAGAGGAGGAGGACGAUUCGCUGCUGGAGUCUCCUGCACCCACAGUGCUCCGGACCUGGUCCUGAACGCGGAGGUGGUGGAGCAGACCACGUACCUGGAGGACCGGCCCAUGUACGCCCUGCAGUGCGCCCUGGAGGAGAACUGCCUGUCCAGCAUGGCUAACGGGAUCGACGCCGCCUCGUACCGCCGCCUGCUACGCUUCUCCUCUCAGAUCCACAACAACGGCCACAGCGACUUCAGACCCCGGACCGGGCACCACGCCUGGGUGUGGCACGAGUGCCACAGGCAUUACCACAGUAUGGAGGUUUUCACUCAUUAUGAUCUGCUGAGUGUAAACGGCACCAAAGUAGCUGAAGGUCACAAAGCCAGUUUCUGUCUGGAGGACACAGAGUGUGAUGAAGGUAUACAGAAGCGGUACGCGUGUGCUAAUUUCGGACAGCAGGGGAUCACAGUGGGCUGCUGGGAUACGUACAGGCACGACAUCGACUGCCAGUGGAUCGACAUCACUCAUGUCAAACCUGGGGAUUACAUCUUCCAGGUCGUAAUCAAUCCUAAUUAUGAGGUAGCAGAGUCUGAUUACACCAAUAACAUCAUGAGGUGUAAAUGUCGGUAUGAUGGAUAUCGGAUAUGGACGUACAACUGUCACACAGGAGGGUCCAGAAGUUCAGACUUUGAGGAUUUCACAGGAAUUAUGACCAACCAGAUCCAGCGCAGGUAGAAAAAUGCAGCGAACGAGAAGAACGUGAAGCGUGAAGAGGAGCUCGGCUGGAUUUCUAGCGCAACACCAACCACUAAAUGAGAGAACGGAGACCGCGGACGCUAAAGUGAACCCAGCAAUCCUUCUUCAUUCAAUUAAAGUCUUACAUCAAUUCCUCUUUAUUCCCUUCAGAUUAGGGCACAUGUACUGUACUACAUAUGAGACACUUGAAAUUAGGCAUGUGCCGGCCGAUAACGAGCUUCCGUAUCACAUUUAUCAGUGAACAGUCGAUUACCAGCGCAGACGCACUUCUCGAUAAAAAAACACGUCCACUUAUCUUCAUUUAGAAAAUAAACCAAAAGUAGAAUUUGACCAGGAACGUCCAAACUUUUGUAUAAGUGCGCAUCACCUCACUGUGAGCUUGUCGGACGUCCCAUUAAAAACAAACUGUAUUAAAACAGAGUGAUCAUUUUAGCUAGAACCAGAAGAAGCAUGUCUGUGGGAAUUUGUGCCUGUUUAGUCAAAAUAUGACAACAUUUGUAUGGCUGGGCACUGACUGAUCAGCCGAUGUUCCGAUUCAUCCCAGUGCUUUUUAAGUGGAGGGACACUAAAGUUUCUUGAUUCAUGUCUUUAUAGAGCUUGCUUCAUGCUGGAACAAGUGAGGGACUUCCCUAAACUGUUGCUGCAAAGUUGGAAGCAUAUGAUUUCCUUUAUAUGAUUGAUUUAUUACAGUUGUUGUGGCUGAAACAUGUCAAUUCCAAAAUUAGUCCAUAUAUUGUGUUUAUUUUAAGGUUUUUGAUUACAUUUGGAUUAUUGGGGGUUUUGUUGUUUUCAGUUUAAGUUUCUGUGGUUUGUGUUUAGGUGUAAAACGUUUUUAAAGCGAUUUAUUUUUUUAUAAAAAUGUCACUGAUACACGAGACGUUUAGCCCUUUAAAUUUGGUGUAAGUAAUACCGCUGGUAUCUGACGGGUUCUGAGGUAAACAAUGAGUUAAAAACACGUUCGGAACAUUAAUAUCGUCUCAGUACAUACAUGGUACAUUUAAAUAAUCGCAAUAUUUCUUAGUAUCGAUUUUCCGGCACAUGCCUACUUGAAAAUGAGCUUUAAUUUCUGUUCUGCUUCGUGUCACAGUGAAUCACGCUAGCAUAGCAUAAACACAGUUAGCGCUUUAGCAUGUUAGCUUUAUAUUUACAAGCUUUGCGUUGCAUGUUUUUAUAAAAUGUUCCAGGUUUUAUAAGAACGGAUCCUAAACGGCGCUGGUUAUUUUUCAUUCAGCACGUUGAGUAAUUUAUUACAGCCAGUCAGGGAUUUUUCUUCUUCAUUCUGUGCAAUGUGAAUGUAAACGCGAACCUGGUGCCGUUUUGUAAACGAGGUCCUCAGUUUUACGAGGUCGUUCACAUCAUGAUCUGUUCACAUGUACCAUUCACUCGGUGCCUCGUUUUAAUACAAUAAAAUAUAUAUUUAUGAGA